AUGGCUGCCACGGCAGAAGAAUCUGCAAAGGCAGACGUACCAGCAAAGCCCAGCUUAUGGCGCCGCGCCACCCUGUUUGCCAGGUUGCUGGUCUACAGCAACCCGUCGACCACGGAUCUCCUGGUUCUUUUCAUCGGAUUCAUCGCAGCGAUUGCCGCCGGAGUGCCCUUCCCGAUCAUGUCCAUCGUCUUCGGAGAGCUGGUCAACGGCUUGGACUCAGCCAGCUGUGAAGUCAGCGCCACCACGGCUGGGGCGUACCAGGCCGGCCUCAACCACAAGAUCCUGUUGAUCGUCUACGUUGGCAUCGCCUACUUCGGGCUCAUCUACAUCUACUCUCUCUGCUGGAACCUCUCCGGUGAGCGCCUGGCGCAGCGCCUGCGGGACCGGUAUUUCAGCUCCAUCUUGCGUCAGGAUGCUGAGUUCUUCAGCAAGCUCUCCGCCGGGGAGGUCUCCGCCCGCAUCACCGGCGACAUCGCAGUGGAGCAGCAGGGGACCAAUGAAAAGGUCGGCAUCGUGAUCAACAGCGUCGCCUUCUUCAUCACCGCGUACGUGGUGGCCUUCAUCAAGGAUGCCCGGCUGGCGGGGAUCCUCGUGUCCCUGACCCCCGCGUACCUCCUGAUGGCGCUGAGCGGCGGGUUCUUCGUGCAGAAGUACUUUGGGAGCGCGCUGGAGAGCAUGGGCAAGGCCUCUUCCGUGGCUCUCGAGGCCUUCUCCAACACCAUGGUGGUGCACGCCUUCUCGGCCAACGCCCGUCUGGAGGAGAAGUUCGUCCAGCUCCUGCACCCGGCGCUCCGGGCUGGGGUGUACAAGUCCGUGGCCAUGGCCACCCAGGCUGGACUCUUAUACUUCAUUGCGUUCUCGGCCAACGGCCUCGCCUUCUGGCAAGGCUCCGCACAGAUCGCCAAUGCCGUCGAGUCCUCCGGUGGCGGCAUCUCCGUCGGGAACAUUUUUACCGUCAUUCUGAUUCUCGUGGAUGCUUCUCUGAUUCUCAGUCAAGCUGCUCCGUUCUUGCGCAGCUUCGACGCCGCGGCCGUGGCUUUCCGCAAGCUAGAAGCCGACAUUGACCACCGGUCGACCAUCGAUGGUACAACCGAGCAUACUGGCCGUUCGCUGCCGGAGAUCACUGGCACGGUCGAACUGCACAAUGUCUCCUUCGCCUACCCGUCACAACCUGACCGGCCAGUGUUGCAGGAUCUCUCCUUCAUCUGUCCUGCUGGCCAGCAGACAGCGAUUGUCGGUCUUUCUGGUAGCGGAAAGUCCACCGUCGCCGGUCUGAUCACCCGGUUUUACAAUGUCAAUCAGGGCAGCGUGCUGUUGGAUGGACAUGACAUCAUGGAACUCAACGUGCGCUCCGUGCGAAGCCACCUGAGCCUCGUGCAGCAGGAGCCCUAUCUGUUGGAUCGAUCGAUCCUCGAGAACAUCGCCUUGGGUCUAGUCAACUCGCCUGCGCACGCCUACCUGCGGCCCCUGUUGAUGGGGACCGGGCUGGCCGAGAUUGCCGCCGCGGUGCGCGACGGCCAGGAGCUGGUGACGGCGGCGCUCGCACACAGCGAUCACGCGCGCGAGAUAGUAUCCUUGGUUCUCCAUGCGGCGCAGUUGGCAGAUGCCAACGGCUUUAUUGAGCGGCUGCAGGAAGGAUAUGGCACGAUGGUCGGCGCCAAGGGUAACCUGAUCAGUGGCGGGCAGAAGCAGCGGAUCUCACUCGCGCGUUCCUUGGUCAAGGACCCUCGGAUAUUAAUUCUGGAUGAGGCCACGGCCUCCCUUGACUCAGCGACUGAGCGACGCAUCCAACAAGCUCUGGACAAGGUGGCGGUCGGGCGGACGGUAAUCACUAUUGCCCAUCGGCUUGCCACGAUCAAGAACGCCGAUAACAUCAUCUUGAUGCGGCAGGGACGGCUGAUUGAGCAAGGAACGCACCAGAACCUGCUUGCUGCCAAUGGCGCCUACGCAGAACUGGUCCGGUUGCAAAAUCUCAACGUCCAUGGUGGUGAGGAGGGGGAAUCUGACACGGCGUGCUCCACUGCGUCUUCGAAUGGAGUUCAAAAGCCAGAGACGGCGACCCUGGAUGUUCUGACUGAGGUUGAGAAGCCUGCGCUGGUUCAGGCGGUGGAAGAGUCGAAAAAUGGGCCCGAGGAAGAGGAGAAUCAAACGGCUUCCUCGACCCUCUCCUCUUUGGGUUCGCUGUUCCGACCGCACCUGUUCGCUUUGGUCCUUGCCCUUACUGGCGCCGUCGUCAUCGGAGGCACGUAUUGUGGCUCCGCAAUAAUCUUUGGUAAUGUCGUGAGCAAGCUCAGCGGCUGCGAGGAGCCCGCGGACAUCCGCCAUGCCGGCCAUCUCUUCGGCCUCCUGUUCUUCAUGCUGGCCAUCAUCGAGUUCCUGGCCAACUUCAUCAGUUGGUCUCUGUUUGGCUGGAUUGCAGAGCAGAUCAUCUACAAGGUGCGGGUACUGUCGCUGCGCACCAUCCUGGAGCAGGACCUUGCGUGGCACGAGUCCAAGGACCACAACCCGUCGAUGCUGCUAGGGCUGAUCACCAAGGACAGCAGCGCGCUGGGCGGCCUCACCGGCUCGGUCGUGUGCACGAUUCUCUCUACUCUGGUCAGCCUUGUCGCCACCAUCACGAUGACGCAUAUCAUUGCCUGGAAGAUCGCGUUGGUGUGCCUGUCGGUCGUGCCCUUACUUCUCGGGGCUGGCUGGAUGCGUGUUACCACCCUGGCCGCAUUCGAGGAGCGCCAUCUGGAGGCGUUCGCGCAUUCCAACGCCAUCACUGUAGAGGCAGUCAACUCGAUCAAGACGGUCAUGUCCCUCUCCCUGGAGCAUGAAGUGCUGGAGACCUACCGCCGCUCAUUGCAAGCGCCCAUGCGCCAGGUCACCGGGUACAGCGCGUGGGCCAACUUGUGGCUGGCCGUGGGCUACGGGCUGAGCAACUUCCUGUACGCGCUGGCCUAUUGGUGGGGGUCCAAGCAGAUCAUCGCCGGCGAGUACACGCAACAGCAGUUCUUCAUCGUGCAGCUGGCCCUUUUGGUCAGCUCCCAACUGUGGGGGCAGAUGUUUGCCCUGGUCCCUGAGGUCUCACGCGCCUUCUCCGCCACCCGCCGCCUGCUGAACCUGCUGGAUCAGGGCUCGACGCGGGACCUGGCGGCGCCGUUGCAGGGACAGGGGGAUCUCGAGUCAAGCAGCAGUGAGAAGGGACCUGCCUCCACCAAUACCACCGGUAUCAGCGUGGCCUUCAAGCAGGUGCACUUCUCGUACCCGGCUCGUCCGGAUACGACGGUGCUGCAUGGCCUGGAUCUGAGCAUUCGUGCAGGCCAGUUCGCGGCGCUGGUGGGCCCCAGUGGUGCCGGCAAGUCGACCAUCAUCUCCCUGGUCGAGCGGCUGUAUCGCCCGACGUCCGGCACCGUUGAGGUCGACGGGAUGGACAUCGCCUACGGGGAUAGCAAUGGCGCAUUUCGCCACCAGAUUGCUUAUGUCCCGCAGCAGAGUGCCAUGUUCGAGGGCACCGUCCGCUUCAACCUGAUGCUAGGGGCGCGGCCGGGCCAGACCCCCACCCAGGCCGAGCUCGAGGAUGCCUGUCGGCUGGCCAACAUCCACGAUACCAUUAUGCAGCUGCCUGAUGGCUACAACACCGACUGCGGUCCCAACGGAGACCGGCUAUCCGAUGGCCAGAAGCAGCGGCUGGCCAUCGCGCGCGCCCUCGUCCGCAAGCCGCAGCUCCUGCUGCUGGAUGAGUCGACGAGCGCCCUCGACGCCGAGUCGGAGCGUCUGCUGCAGGAGGGAUUGGAUCAGGCCCGGAAGGUGAUGACCGUCAUUGCCAUCGCCCACCGGUUGUACACCAUCCGCAAAGCGAACGUCAUUUUCAUGAUUGAGAACGGUCAGUGUGUUGACCGCGGCACCCAUGCUGAGCUUGUUGAGCGCAGUGAAAGUUAUCGCGUGAAUGCCCUGAACCAGGCCGUCGGGGAGUGAGGGACAAUAGAAUCCGUUUUGCUCUCACCUUUUGUCUUCUGUAUCAUGUUUCUCCUGUGCUUACUGUAAUGGUGGGAGCGAUCCAUUUUAAAUUAUUUAGAGGAAACCACGGAAUUUAUAAUCAACGAAGUGUGCUCCGCAUGUUCUCUGCAUUAAGCCAGACGGGAACAUAUAUAUAUAUAUAUAUAGCAGACCUCGACUCUCAACUCGCCC